AUGGGGCGCCUCUCUCGAUCCAUGGCUGCGGCCCAGUUCCACGGAGGGUUCGGCGUUCUUGAGGGCGCUACCACCUCUUGCUCCGGCCUCAAUGCUUCCAUCGACGCAACCAUUGCGCCCAGCUACAAUUACUUUACUGUUAACAGAAACCGUGACACUAAUAACGAUCGAAGCACGCCUGAUUUCAUCGAUUCGCUGACCGCCAAGCUCAGAGAACUUCACAUCUACAGCCCUCAAAAGAACCGUGCCGACAGAUCACUACUGCACCUCGUGCGACCCCGUUUACCUCAACUAACCAUUGAUACCAAAACUGUUCCAACCCUCAGUCACAUCAGGGAAGACGCCCAGUACUGCACCACAUCGUCUACCGUGACCACAUCGGCGCAGGGACCACUCUCUGGCGAGCUGCCUCACGAAACCGAACGAGACGAGGGUAUCCCGUCGUCGGCUGAAACAACCGCUUCCUCAACCGUUCCCUUUCGCCAGGCACCGGACUUGAUAUUUGAAGCCAGCGAGCCCAGCUUUCCUUCUCGAGUCUUCCACGCAGCAGACCUCUCAAACCACUCUCUUGUCACCGAUACUGACUUUCUUACGUCCAUCGCUCGACACCAGGCAGGUCAGUAUGACUAUGUGCUUUCGGUUCUGGACCCAGACAGCACGGCAAAGCGCGACAACUUGCCCAAGAGGCGGGGCGGCUUGACGGUGGACUUUGGCUGCAACGUCUUGGUGCAGGCCGAUCGCACAUGGGGGGGUAUUUGCAAUCAGAGCAAACCAGCUAAUGCCUAUAAACUUCUAGCCACACCUUUGGUGACUGAAGACGUGGCUCAGGAUACGUCGCAACUAUCUAGAGAAACAGACGACAUGGCCGUUACGGAGACGGUGGUUCGAUCGGCCUCGCCGACUCCCUUCGGAGAGGCUGCAAUGAAUAGCCCUACGUACUCGGCGCUAAGCGUCUCUGUUGUCGAGCGCGGCAAUGACAAGGAGUCAUCUCUGGACUACGUCGAAGAUCCUAAGGACAGAGUCAUUUCCAUUUCCACGGACAUGAGCAGUGAGCCUGUUGUCGAAGCUCCCCGUACUCCCUCUCGGUCUGUCUCAAGCGGCUCGCGGUCUCGGAUUGAAGACUCGGUCGAAGCUAUUGACAGGCUUGAGGAGGAAUUGGAGGCCGUUAACAUUGCAGCACGACUAGCGACACCCAGCAAGUCGAGCCGUAAUCGGUCAAAGACAGACGAUUCCGCGAACACGGCCACUACGGUUGCCACGAGCAGCACAACCAUCAAGCGAACGGCCUCAACAUUGAAGCGUACUCAAUCAACUGGCGCUGGAGCCAAGCCAGCACCUCGAGGGCGUGCUGCAGAGAGAAAGACAGCGUCGACAGUGAAUAGCGACGCUACAAAGGCAUCACCAGGGAAAGGGCUCACUAGAAAGUCCACUGCGACUCGUCCAACCAGCUUACUGCCGCCCAAGCCACCUAGCAAAUCUACAAAGGCCCCUACGAAGCCAUCCUUUGAAUUGCCGGGAGAGGCCGUCGCCCGCCGGAUCAAGGAGCAGCGCGAUGCCCGCCUUGCUCAACAGGCCGAAAAGGCUGCGCCGCAGACCCCACAGCGGACCAGGUCACUAAAGGUGCCAACGCGGCCCAACUUUGAGCUUCCCGGUGAAGCGAUCUCGCAACGCAAACGGGCGGAACGAGAGGCCCGCCUCAAAGCACAAGAAGAGGAGGAACGCAAGCGGCGUGAGUUUAAGGCGCGCCCUAUCAAGGCGAAGCUUGGCUCUGCCGCAUAUCCCCGAGAGACCUUGACCAGUCGUGCUCGUCAGAAUAAGGGAUCCGAGGCGAGCAUUGUUCAAGUCGAGGAGAGCCCCUCCAAACGUACGUCGAUGCUCGGCAUACCACACACUCUUGUGAGAGCUUCCCCAACUAGAUCUCCUCAGACCCGCGGCAGAGGCACGUCGCAGACGGCGGCUGCAAACCAGGCCAGCCGUGCCACGUCGACAUCCACAGGUAGCAUGAGUGGCAAGCGAAGCACGCUGUCGGACGAGGACCUGGAGCAGCAGAGACUCAAGGGUCGAGAAAUAUUUCAACGUGAUAACUGCUACAUCGAAGACAAGGAGCGAGAACGCCGUGAACGUGAGUGGAAUGCCAAGAUGGCUCGCGAGCAGGCUGCCGAACGCUCUAGGCAGGCUAGUAGAGAGUGGGCAGAGAAGCAGAAAAGGAAGCAGCUUGCGGCCGUGGCCGCGAUGGCUGGUCAGGCGGCGUGA